UUGACACAGCCACACUGCGCCCAUUCUUCGUUCGCUCACUGCAAUAUUUAUUGCAAAAAAAAUGUGAAAAUCUAUAGACUCGUUAAAAAUAGUGCUCAAUCAUACGCAUCGGAUGGCCGCGGAGGCGUGGGCAACAAAAUCCGGGGAAAUGCAGCGUGAGAAAGUCGCGAAAAACGAUGAUAUCUAGUCAAGGAAAUGUAAACGUUAUUGGAAGGGGAAGAGCAGAGACGAGGCUAAACCAACAACAACAACAACAUUAGAGGGGGGGAAAUAAAAUGAAAAACGCAAAUUAAAAGUGACACGCAGAAACAAAAAGUUUCAUUUAUAAUAUAAACAAUAUACUAGAGUGCAGCGAAAUUAUAAAUACAAGUGACCACAAACAAAUCAAGUGUGAGCAAAGAGUGCGUAUGUGUGGGUGACGUUUCCCUAUACCCCUCUCAGUCGCUCCCUCGCAACAUUAUUGUUGUGGGGUUGAAAAGGAAUUGCCUGCAUAACGGUUAACGCGUGACGUCCGAUCCAAACAGCAGUCAAGUGCACCCACCCACACCACCCCCAGCACCAAAAACACCCAAACAAUAAAUUCCAUUUAAAGAGACAGAGAAAGAUCUCUCUGUUUUCCCAGUACCAGGUCCAUCAUGAUGGACAACGACGAUACCCUGCUCAACAAUGGUGGGCCUCAGUCUGGGGCGGAGACCGUUUACGGGACGGAGGAAAACAACAUGGUCAUGUCGGAGAAGAAUGAAGAGGUUGUCAGCAUCGUCCAACAACUGGCUGGGAGCAUUUAUCAGGAGUUCGAACGGAUGAUCAAUCGGUAUGACGAGGAUGUGGUGAAGAACCUGAUGCCCCUGUUGGUGAACGUGCUGGAGUGCCUGGACGCCUCCUAUCGCAUCAAUCAGGAGCAGGACGUGGAGGUGGAGCUGCUUCGGGAGGACAACGAGCAGCUGGUGACACAAUAUGAGCGGGAGAAGAGUGCCCGAAAACAGUCCGAACAGAAGCUACUGGAGGCCGAGGAUCUGGCUGAGCAGGAGAACAAGGAGCUAGCCACCAGACUGGAGUCGGUGGAGAGCAUUGUGCGAAUGCUAGAGUUGAAGCACAAAAACAGUCUGGAGCAUGCCAGCCGCCUGGAGGAGCGAGAAGCGGACCUCAAAAAGGAGUACAACAAGCUGCAUGAACGGUAUACGGAACUGUUCAAGAACCAUGUGGACUAUAUGGAGCGCACCAAGAUGCUGAUGGGCUCCACCCACUCCCAAAUGAGCACCGCCUCCGAUCGCAUGGAAGUGAGCCGAGCGCGACUGAAUCCAGUUGCCAGAAGCUCGGGUCCCGUCUCCUAUGGAUUCGCCUCGCUGGAGAACUCUGUGAUGCUGGACACCGAGACCAUCUGCAGUGUGGGCAGCCAGUCGGACGACUCGGGACCACCAUCGCUGCAGAACGAGCUGGACAGCCUGGCUGGGACGGUGGAGCGCGGAGCUGCCACCGAUGCGCUGCAGCAACAAAAUCAGGCCACCUCGCCCCAGAGCCCCGACAGUCCUGUUGUGCCAAAUGUGCCCGCUAAUGUUGGUCGAUCGACCACCAAGAAGGAGCAGAGGUCGGACAACAAUCUCUAUCAGGAGCUGUCCUUCCAGGACAAUGAGGAGAGUGAGGAGAAUGAGAUUGUGACAGGCAGCUGGGUACAUCCCGGAGAGUACGCGUCCUCAGCUAACGACAACUAUUUCGGCAUGGGCAAGGAGGUUGAGAAUCUCAUCAUGGAGAACAAUGAGCUGCUGGCCACCAAAAACGCCCUCAAUAUUGUCAAGGACGAUUUAAUUGUCAAAGUGGAUGAGCUGACGGGUGAGAUAGAGAUUGUGCGGGAGGAGCUGAAUGCCAUGCAGCAAUCCAGGACUAAGCUGCGGCAGCGCAUCAGCGAGCUGGAGGAUGAGCUGAAGAAGGCCAAGGAGCAGGUCAAGCAGCAGAGCACCGAGCAAGAGGAGAACGAUGUGCCACUGGCGCAGCGCAAGCGUUUCACUCGCGUGGAAAUGGCCAUGGUGCUGAUGGAGCGUAACCAGUAUAAGGAGCGUCUGAUGGAGCUCCAGGAGGCAGUCCGUCUCACAGAAAUUCUACGAGCCACCCGGACUGUUGACAAUUUGGACAAGAAGUCGAAGCAAAGCAUUUGGAAGUACUUUAGUAAUCUUUUUACCCCCUCCAACCGCCCGACGGAACGCGUCGCGGACGGUCUCGGAGGGGGGCCAAUGUUUCGUCACACCGGCGGAGGAAGCCCUGCCCAUAGCCAUGGAUCUCCCAGUCGAGGUGGAGGAGGCGACAAUCGCCUUACCCUAACCAGCGGCCAGCCACCCGUUCACCCGGCCAGUGCCGGUCUGGCCAAUGCCCUCAUUCUGCCCAAGGACUAUGCCGAAGAGGGCGGCUCGGAACGGAUAAGUGCACGUCGUCGAGAGCAGUAUCGACAACUGCGCGCCCAUGUCCAGAAAGAGGACGGCCGGCUGCACGCCUACGGCUGGAGUUUGCCGAUCAACAAGGCCAAUCAGGAGGCGAAUCCCAGCCGGCAUUCCGGCGGCGUACCGGUCCCAGUUUACUGUAAUCCCCUGGCGGAAGCGUCGCCCCACAUGAAGGUGUUCUGCGCCGCGGGCGUGAAUCUUCACGGGGGCUUCACCAAGGACGGGCAAUCCCUGAUACCUGCCAAUUCACCGUAUGCACCGAAAUCCACGCUGAAGAUAGCCGAGAUCACAAGCCCCACGGCGGAGCACAGUGUGGAGGCGCUGGACAGGCAGAUGGCACGCGCCAGCUUGGAGACCCUGGAGCCGGAGACACAGCUCAGCUCGUUUGUGUGGAUUUGUACGAGCACCCAUGCCGCCAGCACCGUCAGUGUGGUGGACGCCAACCAGUCGGCCACCGUGCUGGACGCCUUUCCCAUAUGCUCCUCGCAUCUGCUAUGCAUAGCCUCGGUCCAGGGGGCAAUGGAGAGCGACUACGCCCUGCUGGAGCAGUCGGAGGUGGUCAAGGCGGGCGAGAUGCUGCAGAGGCCGGGCGAAGGACCAGAGCUCCUGGGCAAGGUGGAGUUUGUGCGAGUGAAACCAAAGACAGAGGACGAACAGAAGCAGCAGCAAGAGGAGGAAGAGGCCAAGGAAGCCACCGAGAAGUCCAACGAGCAGAUGCCAGUCGUCGAUGCCGAGGAGCCUCUUGGCAAUGUGGAAGCCAUCAAGAUACGCCAGGCCCUCCCUGGAGCUCCCCAACGCCUGCCCGCCGAUGGCGUCAAUCAGGCCAAUAACAACAACAAUAGCAACAGUGUAGUGUUUGCCACAAAAUCGCUGAACCCCAUUCUGGGUACCAAGGAGCGCGAGGAGCCUGCCAUGAGCUCGGUGGGACCCACCAUGUGGAUGGGAGCCCAGGACGGUUGGUUGUACGUGCACAGCAGCGUGGGAAGGUGGCACGAGUGCCUGCACAAGGUUCAGCUGCCGGACGCUGUCCUGGCGAUUGUGCAUGUGGAAGCGAGGGUUGUUGUGGCGCUGGCCAAUGCCCAGCUGGCCGUGUUCCGCCGCCAGACAGACGGCCAAUGGGAUCUGAAUAGCUAUCACCUGGUGACGCUCGGUGAUCGCAACCAUUCGAUACGUUGCCUCUGUGUGGCCGGCGAGCGCAUUUGGGCGGCCCAUCGCAACAAGAUCUUUAUCGUUGACCCUGUAUCGCUCAACAUUGUGCAUUCGCUGGACGCUCAUCCGCGCAAGGAGAGCCAAGUGCGUCAAAUGGCGGCCACCGGGGCUGGAGUCUGGGUGUCCAUAAGACUGGACUCUACGCUGCGGCUGUACAAUACCCACACCUUCGAGCACAAGCAGGACGUUGACAUUGAGCCGUAUGUGUCCAAGAUGCUCGGCACCGGCAAGCUCGGCUUCAGCUUUGUCCGCAUCACUGCUCUGAUGGUGUCCUGCAACAGGCUGUGGAUCGGCACCAGCAACGGGGUGAUCAUCUCAGUGCCACUGGCUGAGGUGCAGCAGAAGUCAUCAUCCGAUCCCCAUGGACAGAUGCCGCUGUGUUGUAUGGCCAACGCUCAACUCUCCUUCCAUGGUCAUCGGGAUGCCGUCAAGUUCUUUGUUUCGGUGCCGAUGCUGCAGCAGCCGAACCUUAAUGGGGGACUGACCUUCACCAACAAGCGACCCGAUAUGCUGGUCAUGUGCGGUGGCGAGGGUUACAUCGAUUUUCGCAUAAGAAAUGAUAAGUACGAUGCUAGCGAUAAUGCAGCGCACUUGAUAGUUUGGAAAGUCGAUACAACCUUCAAUCUGUAGCAGGAAGUGUACCACUCCUACCACUCCUACAUCGGAUGGCGUCAAAGACGUGACCUGAACUGAAACUGAAUUAAGCUCCUAAAAAGGUUUAAGCAAGUCCCAUUUAUAAUUUAUUUCUUGUUUCUAUCGGCACCAAUAUAUUACCGCCUUUAUCCAAAAGACUGCAAACCAGUACCAAUUACUAUUCGGUUUUGCGGAUGCGGAUCUUAACUCAUUCCGUGUAGUGUCUAAGCACAAAUCACAAUUUCAAGCCGCACAAAGUCUUCAUGGUGUACCGUGUCCUUUGUCCC